AUGUCAGAUAACACACCACGCGACAAGCCAAUUACUACUUGGUUCAAGUUUAAGCUUCCAGAGGACAUUUUACUAGAUGAAUCAUUAUUUCAUGCUCUGCAUCCAACCAGGGAAGAGUGGCCACAGGUCUGCUACGGAAGAAUCAAGGAAUCUCCACAAUACUGUGUGCUUCUAGUCGAUUGGUAUCACACCAGAUCAUGGCUUGAGUUCUCGCAGUCAGAUAGCUACGCAGAGUUGCUUUCCAGCCUUGGCUCUCACUCGGAUAUCCCAGUAGUGAGUGAGACCAUCGACUUCGCCAGGUAUCACCCCACGAUUGCGAUGUCGUCUCAUACCGAGUUGAUAAGAGUCUAUUUCCCGGCUUCAAUCUCGCCGGAAACCCGCAAGGCUGUUUGGGACAAAGUCCGACAUGUGGGACCUUCAGUUGCCUACGGCAAAAAGUUUGAGCAUAGGAACCCGUACACAGCUGGCCCGUGCUUGGGUUGGAUUGAAGGCAAUGUGAAAUGGGAGGGACAGGACGCGGUAGCGUGCGUCUGGGUUCAUAAGUGGAAGAGUCAGGAAGCUGAGGAGAAAUGCAAAGCCACUGCGCGGUAUCCGCACAUGAAGGAUGGUGAAUUCAUAAAACCUCUUAUUCUUGAUUUAUUCGAGCAGGGGCUGAGGGAUCAGGGCGCUUUGGGCUGGGAGGAAUGUCACCUGAACUUCGAGACGACGUGCUACAUCCCGUAA